UUUCAAGAGAAGAAGAAAAAGCAACAUGUCCAGGCAUCGUUCAGACUGUACACGUGCUACCUCAAAAGAAAAUGACUGUAAUGACGGUUCGAUUUGUUGAUGAUGGCGCAGUCUUCCAAAAAGAAUAAAGGGGCCUCACAGGGGCUUUUCAGCAAUUACAGAUAUUUGUGUAAAAAAUCCCUGCUGCUUCGUGCCAUGGACAACGCAAGAGCCAGGAAAACAUGGCAGCAGAAUUUAAUAGCUGCCAACGUGAAGAGGAAAGCAAUGGAGAACCAAACCGAACACACACCGGACGACUCAGAUAAACUGCUUAAAAAAACUAAAUCAAUAAAUGCAAACCAGGAAAAUCAAAGCACUCUGGACUCUGAAAACAGGAGCACUGCUGCAUCUGAAGCUGGCCUCUCCGAGCACAACAAUGUGGACAAAUCCCUUAGAGACAUCUGGGAGGUGGACAGUGGUUUCUCCUCUGAAGCGAGUCCUCCAGCCAGCGGACGAAGCUCACCUUGCCUCAGAUCCGGCUCCACCACAGUAGUGGCGUUGGACUGUGAGAUGGUCGGAACGGGGCCCGGCGGGCGCUGCAGUGCGCUGGCCCGCUGCAGUGUCCUGGACUAUCACGGGAACGUGUUGUAUGAUAAAUAUGUGCGACCGUGUCAUCCCGUCACAGACUACAGGACGCGCUGGAGUGGCAUCCGGAGGCAUCACCUGUACAACGCCGUGCCCUUCAAUCAGGCUAGGGAGGAGAUCCUCAGUAUUCUUGAGGGCAAAGUGGUGGUCGGCCACGCCAUCUACAACGACUUUGAGGUGUUGGAUACGGUCCUCCCAGGUCACAUGGUCAGAGACACGUGCACGACGCGCUACCUUAGCCGGCUAGCCGGAUUCCCCCGCGAACGCUGCUCUUCCCUCAAAAUCUUGGCCAGUAAACUGCUAGACCGGAAGAUACAGGUGGGGAAGCGGGGUCACUGCUCGGUGGAGGACGCGCUCGCCUCCCUCGACCUCUACAAGCUGGUGGAGGGCGAGUGGGAGCAGGAGCUGCAGAACAAGCUGAGGGACGACGACGCUCCAAUAGAACCCAGCUUCGCCGCCUCAAACCACUACAUGAAGGACGAGUACUGGCCUGGUGAUGUCAUAGCUGACAGCCAAUGAGGGGACAGUAUUUAUGACAUGUGUAGUGGGACAUACCUCAACAGAUUACAUUAUAUACGGUGAUGUACAGUCAUCAGAGCAGAUUCAGAUAACUAUGAGUAAUGUGAAUUAAAAAUGAUUCACAGUAAAUGGAGUAUGGAUUCAAAUUGAUGCUAAAUGGUUCUAAAAACUAAAAAGGAUGAAUGAACUACAUUUCGUGGGGAUAUUACUUUAUCGCCUGAAUGAGAAUGCUAACUUAUGACUGUUAAACAUGAUUGGAGUUCCUCAGAGCAUGUAUUUGCUGUGCUAUAUGUACCAUAGAGUUGUUUGUUGUGACAGGUUGAAUGGUGUUUAUUGGGUGACAAAUGUUGGUACUCUUAAAGUGUGGGCUUAUUAACUUAUGAUAUGAAGAGUUUUGAGUUUUAAAACAGUAUUUGCUCUUACUUGAAAUGUAACAUUUAACUAUUAAUAAGACAUGGAACUGACACAUACUGCCAAAAGUAUUUUUCAAUUGAGCUGAUUUUUAAAAUUACCAUUAUCUUGAGAAGUUUGAAAUGUGGGUCCAGUGAACAAGUUGCAGCUUUUUCAAAAGGAAAUGUUUUACAUGGUUAAAGGCAAAAGAUUAACACAUUUAAAAAAGUAGUUCAAAACUAUUGUCCUGUUUAAAUUGUUGCAGUUACCUCCAUGUACAUGUGGCCUUAAAGGUUUUAUAACUUACCAAUUGUGAAAUGUAAUGAUGUUAUAUCUUUACUUCUCACUGGUAUUUGCUCUUAAAUGUCCCAAUAAAAAUGCACCCUGUUCAAAUUAAA